GACCCGGCGCGGACCCGGUCUGUAACCCGAGCUAACGCUGCUAACCAGGCUAACGCUGCUAACUGCGCACAGGUUGCUCUCUGCUAAACAUGCUAACGACACCGUGAUAACUAACACGGUCCGGUCCCGGUCGGGUCUGAAUCGGUCCUCCGGUCCCGGUCCGGUCAGUCCAGCUGUAGUGGAACCAGCCGGACUGAGGCGGUCGGGCGGUCUCUGGUCCAGGUCCGGAUUGACCUACUUUCUGUGAGGCGGGUCGAGCAGCGCCGCGGUCCGGAACCAGAGCCGGAACCAGAGCCAAACCGGUUCACACCGAAGUCUCUUCGAUCAGGACUAGCCCGGCCCCCUCUCAGUGAUGGCUCUGAUCUCUCUGGAAGACCUGGACGGGUUGGACGACGAGCAGCUGGACGAUGACAUCACUGACAACCCAGAACCAAUGGAUGAGGAGGACAGAGACCGGCUGCUGGCGCACUGGCAGGCCGUCGCCAGUACGCACCACGUGUCCGUACCGACAGACAUGAUUGGACCCAUACAGGAAAUGACCCGCAACAACCAGCAGAGGGAACCAAUCCCCUCUGUCCCCGUUUCCCGCCACGACAAGAUGGGGGAGGAGCAGUGGGAGGAGCGUGUGAUCGGGGCGGGACAUUGGGCCUGUGUGACUCAGAAGGAGGAGCUUUAUGAACAGAGCAUCUCUAACGGCUUCAUGAAACUGAUGAGGUUCAUCUGUAAGGAGAACUCAGCAGGCAGGUACCUGGGCAUGACUGUGCCAGUGGUCAGUAACAUCCACGUGCUGAAGGACGGCGUGUCGUUUGAUAAGAGCGUGCAGACGGCGUUCUUCCUGCCGGCAGAGUUCCAGACGGACCCACCCCGCCCCUCCGACCCUGAUGUCGUCAUCGUCUACAGGGAGCCAAUCAGAGUGGUCGCCAGGACAUUCUACGGGACGACCACGGAGGAGACGGUGACCAAUCAGAUCGCGCUGCUGUGGGAGAUUCUGGGCUCAGCCGCCGACCUCGGCAGAGACGGCUACAUGGUCGCCUCGUACGAGAACCCCGGCGUCCCACGCCGCAGGAACGAGAUCUGGUUCAUCAGACGCAGCGUGUAGACACUGUCCCAGCAUCCUCUGCUCCUCUUCCUCCUCCUCUGAUUGGCUCCUGUGUUUCCUGUCAUCUACAGCGUGCUGCAGGAACAACUUCCUGUCUGCCGGUUGUUUCGUGGCAUGUCGGUGAUGCGACCGCGUCGUAACGUCUGAGCAAAGGUCAGGAUGACAUUUGUCUGCUUGUUGCUGUGGUUACUGGCGCCAUGCUAACUUCCUGUCGGACUCCAACACGGCGUUCCUGCAGCGCUCUGUAAACGGACCAAUCAGAGCAGGUUUGUGUUUGUUAGCAUGUACUGACACUAAGCCCCAGCCCUCCUUCUCCCGUCCAAUCACAACGCCUCUCUCUGACUCACUGACAUCUCAUUGGUUCCAGCGUUAAAAUUAUCUUGUGCCAUAGUAACAGGAAAUACGUCAUGUUAUUGUCCCGCUUCCGUCCGAUCAUUAAAGGGACAGCUAGCUUAGCUUAAAGACUGGAAACAGGUGGGGAGAGCUAGCUUAGCACAAAGAUGUUAACAGCUAGCAAGUCUGUCAAAUCUGAAACCUGAGCAGCUCCUGGUCCUGGUCUGGUGUGGUGAUCCUGGUCCAGCUCAGAAUCUUUUAGUAAAUUCAUUUUUUGUUUUUUAUUGUGAAAUAAAGUGACGGUGAUGAAUCAUAAAUAUUUAAUAUUCGUUUGUUUAGUUUCCAUACAUGUUGUGAAAAGAUUUAAAAACGACCAAACAGCUGAUUGUGAUUUAUGGUGCCUGUUUAUUUUACUUUCUGUAAAACUUUUUUUUUCCUUCUGACAUUUGUGUUUCAAAUAAAAUCUGAUUUAAAGUGAAAA